AUGAAGCAAUCGAGAAAGUCUGCCAAAGUUGCUUAUCAAGGAUUAAAGGAGUUAGUUAAAUUUGGAAAGUUUGCUGAGAUUGAAGACACUCCUGUUGUUGGUUCAAUAAAUGUUGGGGUUGCCGACGAACACGUGGCGCCCAAACCAAAGUUUCAAUUCGCCAUUGAAGAGAUUGAAUUAUCUGAUGAUGAAGAAGAUCAAGAGGAUCAAGAAAAUGAAUUGACAGAAAAAGAGUUUGAAGACUUUGUUCAGCAAAGUAUCUCAAACCCAAAGAAGGAUGCAGCUGUCACACCACCGGUUGUGACUGCAAGGGAAAGUGACACAACGGUGCAAUCUUCUAUAUCGACACCUGAACAGAUGGAUGCUCUCAUAGCAGAAUUUCAGCAAACUGCAAGGAAGACACCCCAAACAGUUCAUGUCGCUACUGAACCUCCAUCUGAAAGUGAUCCAGAAGACUCAGUCUACGCUUUACUCCCAAGGAAGCGAAAAAGAAGAGAUCCAAGGCGGGGAGUGUUUAUCACGGACGUAGUUCAAAAGAAAUCUACACCGAUUGAGCCUGGUUCUAGGGCUCAAGACAUACAAAGCACAUUCACUGAGACCUCUUCAGUGAUUCAAGAAAUACCAAGCCCGUUCUCUGAGCCCAUUCCUAUGGAUCAAGAUUUUAAAAGCCCAAUUAUUGAAGAAGAAGUCAUACCUUCAUAA